AUGGAUAAGCAAAAGUUCAAAGAUUUUGAGGAUUUUGUUCCUACUAUAAGCGAUAGCGAAAAUGAGGUUCCGGACCUAGACGGAUCGGAGGAUGAAACUCUGCAUCCCGAGACUAGCACCAAAACCAAAUCAAAAAAGAAGAAGGCCAACAAUAGCAAUCCUAAUGAAGACAUCCAUGAAGAUUUGAACCCUAGCUUUCGAUUCGAUCUGGAUGGCGCGGAAGUUUCUUCUGGGUUUGAGGGCUGGAAUUUCGAUGGUGACAAGAAAUUAGAAACAAAUCCAGACGUUGAUUUGGACGGAAUCAUUAGAAGGAAAGGUGGGCUGAUUCAAAUGGCUGGAACUGGGGACAGUGAAAGCGAUGGCUCUGAGAAAGAGUCAGAAAGUGAGGGCGAGUUGGCUUUGGAUGGCUUCGGUAUGGGCGCUGACGAAAAGAGUUCGAAGUGCCAAAGUGCAACACAUGAAGGGGAUGCCACAGAUUCUGAAGGCGAUGAAAGCGGCGUAGACGAAGAUAGUGGUGUUGAGUCCGACAAGCAAACUGAAGGGCAGGAGGCUCUGAUGACUGCGGGAAAUGGAUCUGUAAGUGACAUUGAAGACGAUUCUGAAGAAGCAAAGGCAGAAUUUUAUGCGCUAGAAGAAGAAAGCACCGAGGCAAAGAAAACAGUACACACAAACUUCAACUCCUUGUCACUGUCACGUCCAGUUUUGAAAGGGCUAGGGGCGCUGAACUAUGUGAAGCCCUCGCCAAUUCAAAGUGCUACUAUUCCCAUAGCUCUACUAGGAAAAGACAUCAUUGCUGGUGCUGUGACUGGUUCUGGUAAGACUGCAGCCUACAUGAUUCCCAUUAUCGAACGUCUUCUGUACAAACCUGCACAAAUCGCUUCUACACGCGUUAUUGUAUUAACACCAACUCGUGAACUGGCUAUUCAAGUAUCUGACGUGGGCGCCAAACUUGCCAAGUUUGUCAACGGUAUCAGUUUUGGCCUUGCUGUGGGUGGCUUGAACUUGAGGCAACAGGAACAAACAUUGAGAUCCAGGCCUGACAUAGUCAUUGCUACACCGGGUAGAUUGAUCGAUCACAUCCGGAAUUCUGCGAGUUUUAACGUUGAUUCUGUCGAGAUUCUAGUUAUUGAUGAAGCUGAUCGUAUGCUCGAAGAGGGAUUUCAAGAUGAGCUGAAUGAAAUCAUGUCAUUGAUCCCUAGCAAAAGACAAACAUUGUUAUUCUCUGCCACAAUGAACUCAAAAAUCAACCAACUUAUAUCUCUAUCCCUGAAGAAACCAGUAAAGAUCAUGAUCGAUCCCCCUAGACAGGCAGCUGCAAAGCUUACCCAGGAAUUUGUUCGUGUUCGUAAGAGAGAUGAACUGAAACCUGCUUUACUCUUUCAUCUCAUUAGAAAGCUUGACGAUUUGUCACAAAAAAGGGUUGUUGUGUUUGUUGCGAGAAAGGAAGUGGCGCAUAAGCUUAGAAUUAUUCUGGGACUGCUGGGCAUGAAAGUCGCAGAGCUUCAUGGAUCUUUAUCUCAAGAACAGCGUUUGCAGGCUGUGAAUGGGUUCAAGUCGCUCCAAGUCCCUGUCCUAAUUUGCACGGAUUUAGCAUCCAGAGGUUUGGAUAUUCCAAAAAUUGAAUUUGUUAUAAAUUAUGAUAUGCCAAAGACAUACGACAUCUAUCUUCACAGAGUGGGCCGUACUGCUAGAGCUGGUCGAGAGGGGCGUUCUAUUUCAUUUGUGGGAGAGUCAUCACAAGACAGAAAUGUAGUUAAAAAUGCCAUAAAAUCCGCUGAAGAGAACAAAAAACAGGAUACGGUAGUGGGCAGAAUGGUUGAUUGGGCUAAAGUUGAAGAGAUCAACAAACUGACCACUAACAAGGAUGAUGUCAUAGCAGAGAUUUUGGAGGAAGAAAAGCAAGAGAAAGAAAUUCUGAGAGCAGAGAUGGAAGUUCGUAAAGGCGAGAAUAUGCUGAAACAUAAAGACGAAAUCAGUGCUAGGCCAAGGAGGACGUGGUUUCAGACUGAGGGGGAAAAGAAAAACUCCAAAGUCAUCCAAGCUUUGUCGAAGGGCAAGAAGACUGUGAAUAGCAAGAAAAGGAAGAGAAUCGAGGCCACUGAAGAUCGCUCGCGUUCAUACAAAAAGACUCAGAAAGAUCGUGGCUCCGACCAACAGAGAACUUAUGCGAAACAGAAGGCUAAGAAGGAGAUGAAGAAGAAAAAGCAAGCCAGAAAGUAA